AUGAACAGGGCUGCUGGUCACUUCCGGACCAGUGAGAAAAAAAUUGUGGCGACCGUUGAGGGUGCAGGCGAUGGUGUCGACGACCAGCGCGAACGCGAAGAAGACGGCGAGGUGUCUGGAUUGGUGCAAGGGUGCAGCCCCAGUGACGAAACGCAACACACCGGGAAGCUCGCGACCCGUUUUCUAGACCUGAUGACUGGGUCACGCCAUGCCGACUUGGAUCUAGCGGGGCAACAGGGCAGCCAGAGCGUCGGAAACUCCCCAGACUCCCUCCAGCCACAAGCUACGCCGCAGCCAUUGCGACAGGGCCUGGCGAGGUCUUCGGGGCACCCGGGCAGUUUCUGGCUGAGUGAGACCGACACAUAUCGCGUGGGAGGACAGGGAGCAGAUUUGAGGCUGCGUCUUCUAUUUUUGCGUCCGACAUGGGCAACAGCGCACAAAGCGGAAGGCGACGACUGCACGCGGCUGCGCAAGCAACGGUUUCCUAUCUCGGCUUGGACUGGACGGGCAGCCCGUUGCGGACGGGUUGGCGCAUCGAGAAUGGUCGCUUUCUGGCCGCGAUCGUUGGCCGUCGAGACCACAUUGGGGACAAAGGGUGCAGGAUCUCUAUCGGCGAACGUCGAUGAUGAAUGGAGCGAUCAUGUGUAA